AUGUUAAGAUCUCAGAUUUGCAGACGUGCGGUUAACAGGCUGUUAGCAACAGCUCCAAAACAACCUAGUAUCGGUAGAUUCACGGGUAAGCCCAACCCUACGACUGGUAAAUACACAGUGUCGUUUAUUGAAGGUGAUGGUGUUGGACCAGAGAUUUCCAAGUCGGUGAAGACGAUCUUUGCGGCUGCAAAGGUGCCAAUUGAGUGGGAAAGCUGUCCGGUGACGCCAUUGUUGGUGAACGGGGUUACUACUAUCCCAGAACAGGCUCAGGAGUCCAUUAAUCGUAAUUUGGUUGCUCUGAAAGGGCCAUUGGCUACUCCAAUUGGUAAGGGCCACAGAUCUAUGAACCUGACUUUGAGGAAGACGUUUGGAUUAUUCGCCAACGUUCGUCCCGCUAGAUCUGUCGAAGGCUUCAAGACUACCUACGAUAACGUCGAUCUAGUGCUUAUCAGAGAGAAUACAGAAGGUGAAUACGCAGGCAUUGAGCACGUGAUUGUACCGGGAGUGGUUCAGUCUAUCAAAUUGAUCACCAGAGAGGCCUCUGAGAGGGUUAUCAGAUAUGCAUUCGAGUAUGCCAGGGCUGUCGGCAGACCCAGAUUGGUUGUUGUCCAUAAAUCCACGAUUCAGAGAUUGGCAGACGGGUUGUUCGUCACUGUGGCCAAGGAAAUGGCACAUGAAUUCCCAGACAUCAAGUUGCAGACCGAGUUGAUCGACAACACUGUGUUGAACGUUGUCUCUAACCCCGCUCAGUACUCGGAUGCCGUCUCAGUGUGUCCAAACUUGUACGGCGACAUUUUGUCCGACUUGAACUCGGGUCUGAGCGCUGGGUCUCUUGGUUUGACUCCAUCGGGUAACAUCGGUCACAAAGUUUCCAUCUUCGAGGCGGUUCACGGGUCAGCGCCUGACAUUGCUGGCCAAAACAAGGCCAACCCGACUGCUCUUCUGCUAUCCUCUGUUAUGAUGUUGAACCACAUGGGAUUGUACGAGCAUGCUAACAAAAUUCAGAACGCCGUUCUUUCGACUAUCGCAGCGGGCCCAGAGACAAGAACUGCUGAUUUGGCAGGUUCUGCUACUACCUCUUCCUUCACCGAAGCUGUCAUCAAGAGGUUGUAA